AUGGAUGAACCAAUUUUAAUUACGAUACCAAUGCCAACGAUUAUCUUCCAAAUUCCACUCGGUAAAAUAAUACAACUACAGGAAGCUGACUCUGAGUCAAAUACUGGAUCCAACACUAGAUGCACUCAUUGUGGUUAUUUAGAAGAAGAAGAAGAACUGAACGAAAACGAUAUAGAAUCAAAGGAACUUGACGUAGAUGAUAUUAAAAUAGUAGAAAUCAAAGAAGACGUGAUUUUCCAACCUGAUAUUGACGAGCAAAAUCAAUGGAAUGAAUAUAUGCUUGAUAAUUAUGUAAAUCGUUACAAAGCUUCUUUAUCUUCCAUCUCAGAAACGGAUAUAAACGAUGAAAUUUAUGAUUGGAACCAUCUUUUUGCCGACAAGCUUCGUGAAAAAUAUACAGAUACAAAUGGUACUGCUUCACAUAUAAUGGAAGAAAUACAAGAUGAAAACAAAGAGAAAGAUUGA